AUGUGCAUUCCUUUUUAAUCGAUUCCACCACCUACUUAAGGAACAAAAAAAGCAGUUUAGAUGUUAUAAAUUUUAGGUUUAAGUUAAUUUGUUGUUGGGUUGAUUAAAUUAUUUGUAUUGCAAUAAAUGACAGGAUUUUAUGAGUUCUUUACUAUUUUCAUACUAUAUAUGGCAUGGGCAUAAUUAAAUUAUUGUAAUUGUGUGAUUGCUGUAUUUUACUUCUUAUAAAAUGUAUUUAAAUCCUUUAUAUAUAGUUAUUGAUGAUAUUUAUAUUUUUUGGUAUGAAUGUUGAAUUGAGCAUUUCAUUUUUCUAACCUACAAAAAUAGGAAUUACAUAUUUUAUUUUCUUUUUUUAUUAUAUAGGGGCUUGUUUUGUAGCAUUUUUGGCUUACAGAGAAUUCAAAAUAUUACAAUAUGAUUAAAUGGGAGGAUUGAUCCAAACAGAUCAAUAAAGUGAUUAGACAUAAAAUAACAAUCAAUAAUAAUAAUAUUAAUAGUAAUAAUACUAUAAUUAGACAGUUUAACCUUAAUAAUAAGCACAAAGAGGGUAGUUUUAAGCAUUUUAAGGAAGAGGAGUGCAAAUAGGUUGA